CAUUUGUGCUAAAAUUAAAUUAACACUUUGUGGCGACACUGUACGGUACAAUAACCAGUGUAAAAUUACGACGGAACUCUCACAGUUUUCAAGUGUUGUUUCUUGUCGACAGCUUAUGUAGGAGACGGAUUUCGCCGGGACCUGCCCCUAAGUUUGUGAUACCGUCCUCAGUCCUGAUCGUUGACCGUUUGGGCUUUUAACACAAUGGCUGGAAUAGUGUUAACUCGGUGUGUGAGUAGGACUUUACUCUCAGCAUCUGGUGCAAAAAGCAUCAGAAUCAGAGGGACGAACCGGUAUUACUGGACAACUUUAAGGACUGCCACUGCUCUGACUAGUGGAAGAGCUGCAUUCCUCCUGGGGCUCCCUGCACUAUCCUGUCUGGGUUACGAAGCUUAUCACAGAGUGCAGAGUUCAGCUGUGGUACACGCUUUAGAAAAAGAGGAGGUUUUGGAGCAGGCUGACUACCUGUACAGCUGUGCAGAGACAGAGAAGCUGUACCACCUGCUGCUGCAGUACAAGGACAGUGAUGAUGCAGAGUUCCUGUGGAGGCUGGCCCGGGCCUCUCGUGACCUGUCCGUCCUGCCCAACUUGGAGGUCAGACGGAAGAAGGAGCUGGUUUAUGAGGCCUUCGAAUAUGCAAAGAAGGCCCUGGAAAAAGAUGAGAAGUGUUUCGCAGCGCACAAAUGGUAUGCAGUAUGUCUUGGUGAUGUUGGGGAUUACGAGGGAGUCAAGGUGAAAAUUGGAAAUUCAUACAUCAUCAGGGAACAUCUAGAGAGAGCCGUCCAGCUCAAUCCCAAGGAUGCCACUUCCAUACAUAUUUUGGGUUACUGGUGUUUUGCUUUUGCUGAGCUGCCGUGGUAUCAACGCAAGGUUGCCGCUGUCAUUUUUUCAUCACCACCUACGUCCACAUAUGAGGAGGCUUUGGAAUUCUUCCUCAAAGCUGAAGAAGUUGAUCCAAACUUCUACAGUACAAACCUGCUAAUGCUCGGGAAGACCUACAUGGCAAUGAAAGACAAACAGAAAGCACUGCUUUGGCUAACCAAAGCAAAGGAGUACCCUGCUCACACACUGGAAGACAAAGAGGUCCACAAAGAAGCUGUUGAGCUCUUGAAGAAGCUAGGAUGAAGCUGCCAUUACUACUGAGUGGAAUAUGAUCCAUUUGAGGACCUUUUGGACUGUAAAUAAAUGCUAACAAAAUGUUUUCUUGUUAUUAUUUUGUAAUAACUACUGUAGAACUGCGAGUGGUCUUGCACCACAGAAAUCACUCAUGCUUUUAAGACAUAAUAAGGCAAUGUCCAAUCAUCUAGCUUUUAGUUCAAUUAAAACUACAACAUGCAACCAUUGAUAAUGCAGUAGUAAACAGGAUUUACAUGGUCUGUGAAUCUGUUCAUGCCUGAAUUCCUCUUACACUGACUUUUCUCUGACAUCUUGGUUUAGGCAUUUGCUGGGCUAAUGUUUAAAAACAUGUGAACAUUGUCACUUUUAAUUCAUAUUUGUAGUCUGAAAAUGGAGGAAACGUGAUCAAGAGAAAUGUGGGACAGUGAAGCAAACAACACGUUUUAUGCUUUAAGGGGUAAAAAAAAAAAAAAAGAAGUUGCAUAUUGUAAAUUUUCAGAUCAAAAUGAUGUCAAAAUCUUUUGUCUUUUGUGAUUUAAUGAAUCCAUUCCUGAACAUUGAAGAGAUACUCUGUGCAGUGUUAAAUCCCCCUGUAUAUUGAGAAUGACUUCCGGAUGGGAGCCGAAACGUCUUGAUUCUGAAAACAGUGUCCAGAUGACUACGACUGAAACCUUUCCGACGAUAUACUUAAGGUAUUUAUUUAAACCAAAUGAAAAAUCUUGGCCACAAAUGCAUCUUUAACUGAGUGGUUGUUGGGGUUUUUUUUUUUUUCAUAAGAAUGGGAUGAACUGAGCUGGUUUAAUGCGACAAUAGUAAAAACAGGACAAGCACAUUUGUGCUCAAUUGUUGCCACUGUGAUUGGAAUUGUUAUAUUACUAAAUGACUGUUUACAACCGUG